GUCUGCAGCGUCUCCCAGGAGCCUCCGGAGGCCUGGUGGUUCUGGACGGUUCUAAGCCGGGCUCCCCCAGCCUCUGCACACCCGGUCGGCUGAGGCUCCGCCCGCCUGGGUCCCUCGUCCCGCCCAGGGGCCUGGCGCGCAGACCCGGGUGCGCCCAGCAGGGCUGCCGUGGUGGAGCCGGUGCCCUGCUCCGGGAGAGCCCGGGCCGCAGGCGGGAAGCGCGAUGGCGGCUGCUGGGACUGCGGCACGAAGUCAGAAAGCAUGACAGAAAAAAUGGUGGAAAACCUUUCCCAGAAUCCCUUUACCUAUCUUCUUUCUACAAGAAUAGCAAUAUCGGCGCCCAGGAGCAGCAGGGACGCUCACAGCCAAACAGAAAAGCGGAGGCGGGAUAAGAUGAACCACUUGAUCAAGGAGCUGUCGGCCAUGAUCCCUCAGCAUGGCCCUGCGGCCCGAAAACUGGACAAGCUCAGCGUCCUGAGAAGAGCAGUGCGGCACUUGAGGUCUUUGAGAGGCACAACAGAUUCUUACUUUGGAGGUAAUUAUAGACCUUCGUUUAUUCAGGAUAACGAGCUCAGACACUUAAUCCUUAAGACCGCAGAAGGCUUCCUGUUUGUGGUUGGAUGUGAGAGAGGAAGGAUUCUCUUUGUGUCCAAGUCCAUCUCCAAAGCGCUUCCUUAUGAUCAGGCCAGCCUGACGGGGCAGAACUUGUUUGAUUUCUUACAUCCGAAAGAUGUUGCCAAAGUGAAGGAACAACUUUCAUGCGAUGUUUCGCCAAGAGAGAAGCUUGGAGACACCAAAACUGGUCUGCGUGUUCACAGCCACACAGGAAGACCGCCUGUGCAUUCGGGCUCCAGACGGUCAUUCUUCUUCAGAAUGAAGAGCUGUAAAAUCUCCAUCAAAGAAGAGCAGGGAUGCUCACCCAGCACUAGAAAGAACGACCACAGAAAAUUCCGUACCGUCCAUUGCACUGGUUACUUGAGAAGCUGGCCUCCAAAUGUCAUCGGUGUGGAAGGAGAGAGGGACAGUGAGAGAGAUGGCGAUCAUUUUACCUGCCUUGUUGCCAUGGGUCGGUCACAGCCGUUUACUGCCCCUUGGAAGAAUGGAGAGGUCAGAGUCAGACCCACUGAGUUCAUAACCCGCUUUGCACUGAAUGGGAAAUUUGUCUACGUUGAUCAAAGGGCCACAGCAAUUUUAGGGUACCUGCCUCAGGAACUUUUGGGAACUUCGUGUUAUGAAUAUUUUCAUCAAGAUGACCACAGUAAUUUGACUGACAAGCACAAGGCAGUUCUACAGAGUAAGGAGAAAAUAUUCACAGACUUGUACAAAUUCAGAGUGAAGGACGGCUCCUUCGUAACUCUGAAGAGUCAGUGGUUUAGUUUCACCAAUCCUUGGACCAGAGAGCUGGAGUACAUCGUGUCUGUCAACACUUUAGUUUUGCUGGGAGCUGGGCAUCAACACUGUGAGAACUCCUGCUGUACAGGGGAACUGGGAGUCUGGCAUGGACCCCAGCGUUUCACACAUCGGGGACACAGCGAGGCAGGAGAAGCAUCCUCACCUCACACCAGCUCUCAGUCCUCGGAAGAUUCCUCAAGACAGUUCUGCGUCAGCGUGCCUGACACAUCCGCCAGGAAGGUGCCCGGAGCUGGUAACAUCGGAGCAGAUUUUGCAAAUGAAGUUCUGAGUUCACAGAGGUUACAGUCUCCGUCCCCAGAAGAGUCAAGUCCUUCAGAAAUGAGGACAGACAGCCACGCUGUGAACUGCAGGGACAUGUCCAAUAAGGAGCUCUUUUCACUGAGUGCCUGUGAACGAGGACACCUGGAGGCUGCCGGGCAAAGACAGAGCGCCGGAGCUGCCCACGGCCGAGGGCCGCCCCUUGGUGGUGGGGCCCAGCUGGAUUUUGGUGUGCUGUGUGACGAUGACGCAGCCCUGGCGGCCUUCAUGAAUUACCUUGAAGCAGAGGGGGGUCUGGGGAACCCUGGAGACUUCAGCGACAUCCAGUGGACACUCUAACAUUUUGCCCUUGAACUGCAGAAUGAGAAUCAUUUUAAGGCAUUUCAUUUAAAAAUUGUCUAUUCCUUGGUACUGUAUUGAUACUUUUUAGUCUUUUAUUGAUGGUCUACCAGUUUUUAUACACCUGUCUUCCCCUAACAGGGUUGUGGAGAAAAUGCUUUCCUUCAAAGAGGGUCAACCCGAGCUUAUCGAAGUCCCCUUUACGCAGUAAAGUAGCUUGGAUCUAUCUAGCUGCCAUAUUUUUGCUACCAUUUUUCUGACCAAAACCAAAAGAAUGCCACCAACCGCUGUUUGGGAUUUAUUUUUCUUUUAGUUUUGUUUUUGUUUGUUUGUUUUGGAAAUUUAAUAUAUGAACAUUUUCAUUGUCUGUGA